AUGGAGCAACCAUUACAAGGAACAACAGAUAUGACUUCAUCAAAUACACAGUCAUCUCGUACUAGUAGUGCAUCACCAUGCUCAUCCAGAAAGCGAGUAUCAAAGGUUCAUAAAAAAAAUGAACGUGGAGAAACAGCGUUACAUGUAGCUGCUCGUAGAGGAGAACAUCGACUUUGCAAAAAGUUGAUUCAUGAGGGUGCUGUUGUGAAUGCUCGUGAUUAUGCUGGAUGGACUGCUUUGCAUGAGGCAUGUUAUCAUGGACAUUUUAAAGUUGCUAGGAUUCUUCUCAGUUAUGAAGCAGAUGUUAAUGCGUCAUCGAAUUGUGAUGAUACACCUUUGCAUGAUGCUGUUACCAGUGGUAACGAAAAACUGGUUUGGUUAUUGUUACGGAUGGGUGCAGUUCGUGAUCGUGUUGAUAAUGAGGGAAAACGACCGAUUGAUAUUUGCCAUCCUGAGCAUGUUGGAAUUAAAAAUCUUCUCUCUGCGACUACCAUUCCAGAAUUUUUUCCAGUCGAAAAGUCACCUUCUUCAAGUCCAUCCGCUUCAAGUCAUUCGGUAGCAAAAUCUUAA